GGCCAUGUAGACUACACCUCUGGCACUACACUGAAAGCACAUCCAUUGGAGUGGUCCUACUAGCACUAGCACGAUGCCAUCAACUAUCCAGCGCGGGACACAAGGCCUAGUAUAGGUGGACCAACACUCUGAAACCAGACUCAGAGAAAAGCUCUCAACGAAUUGUGUGACUCUGGUUUCACUCCAGUGUCUGCUGUGUCAGCAAGUACCGUUCAGCUCAGGGAAUUUGACUCUAAUUUGACUCUUGAAGUGUUGUCCCCAUGCACACUGACUGGGGGAUUAGACCUGGCCUUGCAUAUAUAGCCUUGCGUGGGUAAGACUUCACAUAACCUGUUUUGAUGUAUGCAACUGCUUGAGGCUCAAACCCCGGCCAGUGUUGACUAGGGGAAUGGGGAUUUGAAGACAGAAUCCUCCCCCACCAUGGGGAAGCUUGACUUGGGGUAUGGUCAACUCCCUCAUGUUAGCCCGACCCCUCCUGGGGGGCAUCACAUUGUUUCAACACACACGUGUAGAGGAGCUGUGUCAGAAUAAUGUCUUCACAAGGGAACACAUUCACAAGGCCUGUGUGGAGCAUACAUUUCAACCACAUCAGACGAUAGUGACAGCGACUGCCGCUCAGUUGAGUAGUGAGUGCUCGGAUGAAGCUCUUCUUCAGUUGUCUACCGAGAUUGCUGGCUAUGACAGAUACAAACUCAGGCUGGGCCUCAGUGAUGCUAAGAUUGACGCUAUCGAUAAAUGUCCUUCCAUGGUUGAUAAUAUCCCAGGAAAAUUUCUCGCUGCUCUGAAGAUAUGGAAGAGUAAAAGUAUUCUCGAAAUGUAUCCAUUGAAUUCAACAGCUACUUACAGUCGAUUAGUAGAAAUAGCUACAAAGAUUGAGGAUGGAGAGGCAGUUCGCAGCAUUCACAAGGCCUGUGUGGAGCAUACAUGACUGGAGGUCAUGGAUCAGUCAACACCAUCAUACACUACCAACACUUAGACACUUAGGACAAUAUGGCCUGGAUUUAUCUAUUUUAAGUUUGUUUGUUAUUUAUUUUGUGUGUGCAAUUCCUGUAGACAUCCUUUCCAUUGUAGUUGGUAUGGGAUCACUUCAGUUGCAGCGUCUUGUUAGAGUUAGUGUCUUUACGGAAAGCAAUAAUUACGACCA